UCGGGUUUUGACGGGUUAAAACGGGUUUGGGUCAAUUUCGGUUCAGGUCAAUAAUUUACGGGUUACAUUAGGGUCGGGUCGUUUCUAGGUCGGCUAAUGUUCGGGUUCGGGUCUCAAAUACUCGGGUCAUUUCGGGUCUAGGGUUGGUUUCAGGUCGGGUUUGGGUCACCAUUUUUUUCGGAUUCAGACGGAUCGGUUAAUAGGUCGGGUUAAGGUCGGUAUUUCGGGUCGGGUCAGCUUUUUACAGCUCCACAUAUAACAUUACCUUUUUUUUUUUUUUUUUAUAUAUAUAUAUAUUACUGUACUGUUACACCUGCAGUAUUGCAGUAUUCUGCAAUCACAUUUAACACAUUCAGAAAUCAUAAAGAUUAGAUUUUUGGAAUUGAAAGCCACAAGAUAGACCCACAAAACUUCCCCCAAAAGAAGAUACCAUCCACUCCAUUCUCUCCAUAUGCACAAGACAAGUUUAACGAAGCCUAAUUCCAGACAAAUGGGAGUUUCUCUCUCCUCCCUAAAUUCAUCUUCAGCAUCCACUCCAUCAUUCUCAAUCAUAGAAGAACAUGAAGAACACCAAUCCAAUCAUGGCAAUCAACUCGAACCCAAGUCACCCAAAAAGCUAGCUCUCCUCCCUUUAAUCUUCCUCAUCUACUUUGAAGUUGCCGGCGGGCCGUACGGCGAGGAACCCUCAGUAAGAUCAGCCGGCCCGCUGUUAGCCAUCUUGGGCUUCUUAAUCUUCCCUUUUAUAUGGAGCAUCCCAGAAGCUCUGGUCACGGCGGAGCUAGCCACCACCUUCCCCGGCAACGGUGGAUUUGUGAUCUGGGCUCAUAAGGCUUUUGGGCCCUUUUGGGGCUCUCAAAUGGGGUUCUGGAAAUUCCUGAGUGGUGUCAUUAAUCUAGCUUCUUAUCCUGUUCUUUGCAUUGACUAUCUGAAACUGGCAAUUCCUGCUCUAUCUUCUGGAUUUCCUCAUUAUUUGGCAAUUUUAAUGUCAACUUCUGUGCUGUCAUUUCUGAAUUAUACUGGGUUGACUGUUGUUGGGUAUACUGCAGUAACUUUAGGGUUGAUUUCAUUGUUGCCAUUUAUUGUCAUGUCUUUGAUUUCGAUCCCUAAUAUUGAUCCUGCAAGAUGGAUGAGUUUAGGCGAAAAGGGUGUAAAAAAGGAUUGGAGAUUGUUCUUCAAUACACUGUUUUGGAACUUGAAUUUUUGGGACAAUGCAAGUACUUUAGCUGGGGAAGUGGAUAAUCCUCAAAAGACUUUUCCAAAAGCUUUGUUUUCAGCUGGGAUUCUCACUUGUUUGGGUUACUUGGUGCCUCUUUUGGCUGUCACUGGAUCAAUUCCUCUUGAUCAAGAGAAAUGGGUUGAUGGGUAUUUCGCUGAUGCUGCUGAAAUCAUUGCUGGGAAAUGGCUCAAGGUUUGGAUGGAACUUGGUGCUGUUUUAUCAGUCAUAGGUCUGUUUGAAGCUCAAUUGAGCAGCUGCGCUUACCAAUUUCUCGGGAUGGCAGAUCUUGGGAUCGUUCCAAAGUCUUUUGGGGUUCGAUCCAAACAGUUCAGCACCCCUUGGGUUGGGAUUCUAGUCUCCAUGGUCAUAGCAAUUGCUAUCUCAUACCUCGACUUUACCGAUAUAAUUUCGUCUGUCAACUUUCUCUAUAGCUUGGGGAUGUUGCUAGAAUUCGCCUCAUUUCUCUGGUUGAGGAGAAAAAUGCCAGCAAUAAAGAGGCCAUAUCGAGUUCCAUUGGAGAUGCUGGGGUUGGUGAUCAUGUGCUUCAUACCAUCUGUGUUUCUUAUCUAUGUAAUGGUAGUCGCGAACAGAACUGUGUUCAUUGUGAGUGCCUUGUUGACUCUACUUGGGAUAUUGUGGUAUUUUCUUAUGAAAAUCUGUAAAACAAGAGGUUGAUGUACAUUUAAUACUGAUCAAAGCAGUGAGGAAGAACACCAUCUUGUUCCUAAGCAGGCUGUGGUUGGCUUAUCAGAUGAAAGUUAACACCUAAAUACCUUAUUCAGUCGUUUGGGAGUACAGAUUGAACACUAUUUGAGUCAUGGAUGUACCCCACUGUAAUUUGUUGCAUACAAUGAUACAAUACGUAGGCUUGUGGGUUA